AUGUACGAUUUGUACAAGAAGAGCUGUGAAAAUGAUUCAAAAACUCCUCUUUCUUCAUUUGUGUUUAGGAAUAUUUUCAACACUCCGUUCAAUUUACAUUUUCAUCGGCCACAAACAGAUACUUGUCAUAGAUGUGAUAAAUUCAAAAUAGACCUAGAAUCUCAGUCUAUUACAGAAGAAGAAAGAAACACUUUGCUUAGGGAAAAAGAACUUCAUCAGCGCAAGGCUCAAGCUGCACACGACAUGCAAAAGCAGGACGUUUCUGAUUGUGCGAAUGAUCCAACUAAACCAAUUUUUGGCAAUAAACGAGUGCUUCGGCCAGGGGAAGAUGACGAAAAAUUGGAGCAAAUACUACAACUCAUUGCAAACGAUGAUUCUGACGUUGAAAUGUCUGAUGAUGAAAAUGAAAUUGAAAAUAUGGAUAAUUUAGUACAGAGAGAGGACGAAAUAAAUGAUGAAGACCUGGUGAGCAGCAGUGACGAGGAAGGAGAGGACAGAAUUCCUCUUAGUGUCCUUAGAGAAAAGUUAAGAACGGCCAAACAAACUCCCAAUUCUUCGCAGCGACAGUUUUGGAGAAGGAAUGAUACUUUUACACCUCCAAAUUUUGAAGGUCCGUCUAGUGAAUGCAGCGCACAGCUUCGCGAUGGUUGGACUGCAAAAUCGUAUUUUGCCAUGUACUUAGAAGAUGACAUAUUCCAAAAAGUAUGUGAUUGCACAAAUGCAAGGUAUGUUGAACUUAAAGGAGUAUCCCUUAGAUUGACACUUAAUGAGAUUAAACAUUUCUUUGGGAUAAUUUGUUUAAUGUCCUGCCUAAAAUAUCCUAGAAUCAGAAUGUACUGGGCCAAACCCACGAGGGUUGCAGCUAUUACGGAUGUUAUGACUCGAGAUAGGUUUUUUUCUAUAAGAAGUAACCUCAAAGUCGUAAUUGAUGGCAGCAUCUCUGAGGAGAAACGCAGGUAUGACAAAUUUUGGAAAGUGCGUCCUAUUUUAGAAGCAGUAUUGCAGGGGUGCUUGCAGCUACCCAGAGAGAAAGUAGUUGCUGUCGAUGAGCAGAUGAUACCAUUCACUGGAACUUGUCAAAUGAAGCAGUUUGUUAGGGGAAAACCCAAUCCAGAGGGAUUGAAAAAUUUUGUUGUUGCUGCUCCUGAUGGUCUUGUCGUAGACUUUGAACUAUAUCAAGGAAAAAAUACGUUUCCAGAUGAUUCUGUAAAACGACUUGGUGUUGGACCUUCUGCUGUUGUUCGGCUUGGAAGAACAUUAUUUCCUGGAACUCAUGUGUAUUGCGAUAGAUAUUUUACGACAAUACCACUUCUUGAAUAUCUUCGCCAACAAAAGAAAUAUUGUACUGGAACGAUUAUGAAAUCUCGUGUACCAGCGGCAGCACAUUUAACUUCAGACAAAAUGAUGGCCAAGAUAGGUAGAGGUAGCUCGGAACAAAUUGUAAGGCAAGAUGGCGAAAUAGUGGUUGUACAGUGGUAUGACCUGAAAUCUGUACUUUUGGCAUCUACUCGUCUAGGAAUUCAACCUAGUGAUGAGUGUAAACGGUGGUCUAAGAAAGACUCUAAAUACAUACAAGUUGCAAGACCUUACAUUGUUGCUAAAUACAACGAUUGUAUGGGAGGAAUUGACCUGAUAGACCGAAUGAUCAGCUAUUACAGAAUUCAAGCCAGAUCAAAAAAAUGGACUGAGGAUAUCCCGCCAAUUCAUCAUCAUUUCUAUACCAGCCUUAGAACACAUCCUGAGGCGGUUGACCUGUUAGAAAAUCCUGAUCCUGAUGAAGAUGAAGAAUCUUCGGAUUGAAAGUUUUUCAUAUUAUGAUCUACAAAUUAUAAAGAUUUCUCUUAAGUUAUUUUUAUUAAUAAUAAUAACUAUUUGUUAUAUUAUUCAUAAUAACUGUUUUAAAUUAUGUGUUAAACUAAAGUUACCAAUGCAACAGUUGUUUUGCUUAUUUAGUAUUUGUAAAAAAAUAAUAAAGUUUGUUUUGAACGUAUUUAUAAUUUGUUCUAGUUAUAACGUUCAAGUUGACAAAUCUAAUUUAUAUCUUGUUUUGUUGGGUCAAAGGUGCCUAAGCAACAUUUUUUUUUUUUGUAAAAUACCAUUUAUUUAAACAAAACAUUUGUGUAGAUAUCCCGGUCUUUGCAAUGCAAUAGAUACUAAAAAUCAUUUUAGUUUUUUUUAUUCGACUCACACUGAUUUUUUAAUUCACAUUCAACUUUGAAUACGUUUUUCUCAUUUUUUAGUUUAUGUGGAAUAGGCAACUUUUCCACUGACCCCUUCAAUUGUCAAUCUGCUCUCUGAAGCGCUA